UUUCCCACGCCACCGGAUUUUUCCUCCUGCUACUCGUACUUUAAUAUACACACCCUUUACGGGUCCUACAUAAUACAAUAAGCCUGGCGUCGAUCGGCCGUACAAUACCAUGUCCGAUCUCGAGGGUAUCAACUUUACCGGCAAAUACUCUGGUCUCCUCUCCUCCCUCUACCUUACGCUAGGUCUAGGAGGACUAUGUCUACUGGGGUUCGAGAUCCUUCGACAUGUGCCUCGAAGAAGGGGACAACAAGGAGCCCCGAUUCCUAAGAACCACCGGAUAUACCGUCGGACAGCUCGACGGGCUAGAUUAGAAGGCGAGCCUUCACACAAGAAGCCAAAGAGAAGGAUAUUCAGCUGGGCGUACUGGAGAGCGGGGAGGCAUAACAACAUCGCCGUACACGAGGAGAAUGAAGGACAUGAACUGCAAGAGAGGCAUUUCAGGCAAGGGUUCAAGGCGAUGGGCAAGGAAGGGUUCACCGACGAUAGGGCGGCAAGGGCUGGGAUGGUACAGAGGCUGCUCGGUUCGAGAGAGAGUUGGGAGUUUAGCUACUUGUAUGAGAAUAGGUGCUGGAACGCGAUCAAUCCCGCAGAGCCUUUACCCAAGUGGCCUCUGAUCUGGAUAUACUCUGUCAUCAUGUUCCCUGAGAAGGAUCUUCCCGGCCGGGUAGGCCUAGACUGUACCGCCCAUUCUCGGUUCCUCCGCGGGUGUCUAUGGUAUAUAUUCCUGCAUCUGUGUACGACCAUGGUCGUCCUCGCGCCCUUGCAUAUCAUUUACGCACCUAAUGAUAUUGAGAGCGAAUCGAUGAACAAGGCGGGGAUUCGAUCGGCGCAGAACCCGAAUGAAAGGAGAUGGUUAUGGGUGCAUGUUGUUCUGCUUUAUUGGCUAGUCAUAACUUGGAUAGGCAACCUAAUCUGGGUCAUCUGGGGUGUGCUGAUGUAUCGGAAGGAAGAGAUUCGAAAACGGAUCGUUGCCCUUCGAAAUGAGCAUGGGGACCGGAACGUCUUGGCGAUCCAGGAAGAGACGGAAGAACGCGAGAUGAGCGAGCUCUUGCCCGGUCGAAAAUCCUCGGUUAACGGUUGGCCUAUGGGCGAACACCUACAUCCAAACACUCAGCGCGAUGACCGGGUCGAUCAGACCCAGGUCAGCGAUGGAGAACCGUCCCCGACCGAGACUGAAAAGACGGCAAAGAGCCUCGGUCUCGACGCCCCUGGGUGGAAACGAUACCGUACGAUCAUGGUCACCAACAUCCCGCCUGCUAUGCGGGAUGAGAAGCACUUGCAUUACUACUUUUCUGAACACCUGCACAAGCCUGCACCGCCGAAACAGUGGAAGCAUGCGGCCACGCAUUUCGUCAAGAAGCAAGCCGGGAGGGCUCAGGCUAUUGCCGGGACCCCAAAGCCGUCCAUGGACAUCACUCGAACCGCAAUGGGCUCUGUUGUGAUGGGUGUGACCGAUGUUGCCGUAAGCACGGGAAUGACACUCAGUUCGGCGAGGAACAAGAUCAUCGAGGAUGUCAUCCUGGUGCACAAGUUGGGAGAGCUGGGACGGCUGCGGGAGAGGCGAGAUGCGGUGAUCAAGCAGCUGGAAAGCGCACACGUACGUUUGGCUCAGCGGGUCAUGAAAGAUAUAUCCGAAUUUCGAGACACCAUUUCGGCUCCGAAAGGCCCGAAACGAGAGUCGCUGGAAAAGCUCCGCUCGACCGACGAGGAUGGACUGAUCGGCAAGAACGUCUUGUUGACGGCAUUGGAACCCUUCAUGCCCGGCUGUCAGACACAUCAGCGCAGUACCACCGGGAACGAAACACUUGCACCGACCCCAGGUACCGUUUGGGAAGCACUUCUGUCAGUGCCCCGGGAGUAUCUCGAUCCGUAUCAACCUCUGUCCCAUCGUUUCGACAGCCUACACAAGGACAACCUUCCUCUUAUCGAUUAUCUCUCGGCCAAACUGGCCGUCCUGACAGAGAAGCUGGAAAAAGCCAAAGAGAUGCCUCUGUCCGAAUAUCAGCCAUCGUCAACGGCUUUCGUCACGUUUCGGACGGCGGCACUGGCGCGUCGAGCUCUGGCGGAGCUUCCCUCAUCUGACCUGUAUCCUCUCGGAUGUCAAACUCGACCUUGUCCGCAUUACUCGGACCUGAUCUGGCCGCGGCUAUCCAAGUCCGUCUAUCGCGCGGCAGUUGUUCGUGGUUGGGUCAUCGGCGUGAUCAUCUUCAUCACGACAGUCGCCUGGAUCUUUCCCGUGUCUGGUGUCAUCAGUUUGGCCUCUGUAGGGACUUUAGCCAGCAUCUUUCCCGCACUCAACGACUACCUAGUCGAUCACCAGAGGCUGGCCUCGUUCAUCACCAACACUAUACCCGUCAUUCUUGUAGCGUCAAUCUCGUUGUCCAUCUGUCCGCUCCUCUUGGUCGUGGCCAACAAGGCAGAAACACUGGUCACAGGGUAUGAUGUGCACAACGCUGUCAUUCACCGUUUCUGGAUCUUCCAAGUGGUCAACAUCGUUAUCUUCUUUUGCAUCGGGCGAACAGCUGUCGAGUCGUACAUCACUUCCCGGUUCAGACCACAGAACGUUUUGAACAACGUCGCAGACUCGUUCCCGGCCGCUGCUCCCUAUUACGCAUCGUAUUUCCUCAUUCAAACGUCCAUCCAAUCUAUGGCGGAAUUAGCCAGAGUCGGAUUGCCCCUCAUCUUCUACCUCUUCAGCAUGCGCAAGGCUUUUACCCCUCGUACUCGAGAUUUCCGCCUCGCCCAUUCGACCGUGUCGUGGUUCCUCCAGCUUCCCAACGCAGUCCUCGCUAUAUCGAUCUGCAACCUUUUCUGUCUUUACAACCCUCUCGUGUUGCCAUUCUGUUUCGUCUACUUCUUCGCUGCCAAUGUCUCUUACCGCCGCAGUUACCUCUACAUCUACGGUAGAAGAUACGAGAACAACGGCAAGAGAAACUGCAUACGAUACUUGCGCUAUAGUUUGGACGUUAUGCUCUUAACUUGCGUAAGUAUGCUUCGUCCUUGAAGCAAUUCCCUUAUCUUACUAAAUUGACUCGUAUGCGAUAGUUUUCGAUGCUAGCCUUCAUGUGAGCAGGACAUUGCGUGUGUCCCGACAAUUCCAAGCUGAUGUCGCGACGAUAGGAUCCUCGCAAAACAGAAGGCCCUGGCCGCCCUAUCA